UUUCCCAUUCCUCACUCUCUCUCUCCCCUUCCAGCUCCCUUACACCAUUCCCCUCUUAAACCUUUCCUUUCUAUUUUCUAUAUUUUCUCCCCCUUUCUCUUUUCCAUCUUUCUAUGCAUAUCAAUUAUCAUCCAUGGCAUUCUUUAGCAGCAAUCAGAGUAGAGUCUAUUUAACACGGCAGCUGUGGUUUUUCAUAUUUUUGUGCUCUCUGACCCUCUCUUCUUCUUCAAUCCAUGACCUCCUUGUUUCAAGAGGGUUACCAGCAGGGCUCCUCCCAAAGGAAGUGAAAUCCUACACUCUUUCGGAGAAUGGAACCCUGGAAGUGUUCUUGGAUGGACCAUGCUUGACCAAGUAUGAGAACAGGGUGUUCUUUGACAGUGUGGUGAGGGCUAACCUCACCUAUGGCAGCCUCAUUGGAGUCGUUGGGUUGACACAGGAAGAACUCUUCCUCUGGUUACCUGUUAAAGACAUCAUUGUGGAUGACCCCAAAUCUGGUCUUAUCUUGUUUGACAUUGGAGUUGCUCACAAGCAGCUCUCCUUAUCCCUCUUUGAAGAACCUCCUGACUGUAAGCCUCAAGGAAUGUUGAAGAAUCAUGUGAGGAAGGAGAAAGGGUUUGAGGCUGUGAGAUAGAGAAAAGAUGCCCCAAGCUGUUUCAACUUUAUUUUCUUCUUUUUUUUGUUUAAUAUGUAAUAAUUAAUUAGGGUUUUUGUCUUCUAAUAUAGUUAAAUAUAAGUAAUUUAGGUCUUGUUUAGGAGUUGUUAAAAUGUGGAUUUAUGGGAAUCUAAUGUCCUAAUCAAUUUAGAAGGUCUAAUCUUUUUAAA